AAAGGUUAUCUCUUCUAUUAAACCACUUUGAGAUUUUGACGGUCAACUUGUGGUUGGGUGGGUAAUAGAUAGAUCCUUUGAGAUCAUCGGGAAAGUGAUGACGGUCGCGGCGGGGAUAGGCUACGCGCUUCUUGCUCUAGGACCGUCUCUUUCACUCUUCGUCUCCGUCAUCUCCAGAAAGCCCUUUCUCAUCCUCACUCUUCUCUCCAGUACGUUGGUGUGGCUUGUGAGUCUGAUCGUCUUGUCGGGACUGUGGAGGCCUUUCCUUCCUCUCAAAGCCAAUGUGUGGUGGCCUUAUACUUUACUUGUUCUCUCCUCUGUUUGCUUCCAGGAAGCUCUUCGCUUUCUUUUCUGGAAGCUUUACAUGAGGCUUGAAGAUGUCUUGGAUUCCUUUGCGGAUCGGAUCUCUAGGCCCCGCUUGUUUCUCACUGAUAAGCUUCAGAUUGCUCUCGCUGGGGGUUUAGGUCAUGGUGUGGCUCAUGCUGUUUUCUUUUGUUUGAGCCUCUUAACUCCCGCAUUUGGUCCAGCCACAUUCUAUGUCGACAGAUGUUCGAAGGUCCCAUUCUUUCUCGUCUCUGCGAUCAUUGCUCUUGCAUUUGUCACGAUCCACACAUUCUCCAUGGUCAUUGCUUUCGAAGGGUAUGCAAAAGGGAACAAAGUAGAUCAAGUUAUAGUUCCAGUCAUACACCUUUCUGCUGGAAUGUUGACAUUGGUGAAUUUUGCAUCGGAAGGCUGUGUGAUCGGUGUUCCUCUUCUUUACCUUGUGGCAUCAUUGACUCUUCUGCAUUGUGGAAAGAUGGUUUGGCAAAGACUGAUCGAAAGCCGGAACCAAAGUGGCCCGACCUUACGGUGAACUGACCUCAGGCUCAGUCUUUUAGGCUUUAAUCCUCUUUAAUUGCGUCAAAACUUAAACGUUAUGUCCUCUUUUCCUUUCUUAACGCAACUAUGAUCAUGUAUUGUCGAAAACUUGGACAAAGUUUUAUGUAUUGAGCAAAAGAAAUCUUGCAGAAAAAUCAGUUUAUAACUCAA